CUAUUUGGAGAUGGAUAGCUCAGCAUCGAAAACAUUUACCCAACAUUGAACUUUCGUGAAGAUCCAACAUACUUGCAUACAUCGCAUCCAAGGAUGACCUCUGUAGGGCCGCAGUCCUGGAGGCCUUAUACUCUUAGAUCAAGUGGACUGUACUCCUGUUACUAAACAGCUGACAAGGAGGGUAACAAGAUGCAGAAGCCGCCAAUGAGCAUCACGGGGCUGUGUCGCAGAUAGAAACCCGCCUGUCACGUUUUAACGGGGGUGGGGCUCUCCGUCUGUCUGUCCGUCUGUCAGAUAAUUUGACUUUGAAGGAGCGUUGCUGAGUUAAUCUCACAGACAUGAGCGGGAGAGUUGGAGACCUCAGCCCUAAACAGGCCGAAGCAUUAGAGCAGUUUCGAGCACGGGUACAAGAUAUUCUUCCUCAGCUUCCGGCUCAGCAUGACCACUUCCUGCUGCGCUGGCUUCGAGCCAGAAACUUCAACGUCCAGAAGUCUGAAGCGAUGCUUCGAAAGCAUUUGGAGUUCAGGAAACAGUUGAAAGUAGACGCGAUAAUCACUGACUGGCGAGCACCAGAGGUAAUAGAGAAGUAUCUGUCAGGAGGUAUGUGUGGCUACGACCGGGAGGGGAGCCCUGUCUGGUACGACGUUAUUGGACCUGUGGAUCCCAAAGGCCUCUUCCUGUCUGCCUCCAAGCAAGACUUCAUCAAGUCCAAGAUUAGAGACUGUGAGAUGCUUCAGAAGGAAUGUAACCUCCAGUCAGAGAGACUGGGCAGGAACAUCGAGUCCAUCACUAUGAUCUACGACGUUGAAGGUCUUGGACUGAAACACUUAUGGAAGCCUGCUAUAGAAACAUAUGGAGAGAUCCUUCAGAUGUUUGAAGACAAUUACCCAGAAGGCCUGAAGAGGCUGUUUGUUAUUAAAGCUCCCAAACUUUUUCCUGUGGCUUAUAACCUAGUCAAACACUUUCUGAGUGAGAUUACACGACAAAAGAUCUACAUCCUUGGGGCCAACUGGCAGGAGGUUUUACUGAAGCACAUCGAUGCAGAGGAGCUGCCGGUGAUAUACGGAGGCAAACUCACGGAUCCUGAUGGAGAUCCUCGCUGUCGGACCAGGAUAAACCAUGUUGGACCAGUUCCUUCGUCUUACUAUGUGCGGGACCAUGUUAAGGUGGAUUAUGAGCAGUGUAUGACUGUCAACCGAGGUUCGACUCAGCAGCUGGAUUAUGAGAUCUUGUUCCCGGGCUGCGUCCUCCGGUGGCAGUUUAGCAGCGAAGGAGCAGAUAUUGGUUUUGGGGUGUUUCUAAAGGCUAAAAAAGGUGAGUGGAAGAAGGCUGCUGAGAUGCACGAAGUCAUUCCUAGCGAGCGAUACAACUCUCACUUGGUGCCUGAGGACGGAUCAUUGACCUGUGAGCAACCAGGAGUUUAUGUGCUGAGAUUUGACAACACCUACAGCAUUUUCCAGGCCAAACGAAUCAGUUUUACCGUUGAGGUCCUGCUUCCUGACCACCUACAACCCUCACAGACCAAUGGGAAGUCUGGCAAACAUUUACAAGAGGAGAGCAACACCAAACUGUAACAACAAUGAUCAGUAAUGUGUAGCUUUUACUCAUAAGCACAGCCUGACAUACUUGAUGUGAACAGGAACAUGCUGCCAAUAAUUGUAAAUUAAUAACAUUAUAUCUGAACAAAUUACCCUUUAAUUAUCUCAGAUGGUCUUAUUUACAUUGUUUACAUUUAGAAACCUCACUCAUUCUGCACUUAAAAGCGGUACCUUAAUGUUUUUUAAUGUGUCAGUGGGACAUUUUACUUUAGUUUGUUUUGUGUAAUAUUCAGCCUAUUUGAAUAUUGGAUGUGGAUCAGGCAGUACCCAUGUAAGCUACAUCUGCAACAUUUAAAGCAGCAAGCUGAAAGAUUUUUUUUUGUUUAUUUAGUAAAAUAAUGUUUUUGUCCUGUUGUAAACUUUGUUUGUUAGAAUCUGCUGUUCUUCCAGUUGUCAUGUAGCAACACUAUCACACAUUACAUGUAAAAGCCUGUCUAUUCAUUUAUUUUUUAAAUGGUUAUUGGUUGAUUGUGGCUUACUUGAAGGCAGGUCUGUUUUUCCAAUGGUUUAUUAUCCACAAAUUUUUUCCAUGUGCAGACAGCAUUCCAUAAGUUAUUUUUACAUACAAAUAUCUUUUAAUUGUUUAGUCAUUUUUUCUUAUAAUAACUAUUCAUGCCAUUUUAGUUACAUUAAUGUUUAUGAAAUCUCUGCAAUAUUACAUAUUUAAAGUGAAUGAGAAUGAAUUAUGGUAAAUAGUGCUGAUCUCACCAAUUGAUGAAUGUAUAUGAUGACGCAGCAUAGUCACACUGGUGUUGUUUGAUCCGCUUCCAUGGAUAGUCCGGUCUGUUUUGAGUUGUGUAAAUGUGCAUUCAGACUCUGGUGCAGACUGAAGAAGUGAACUCUAGUCCACUUGAAAAUCAGAGGUUUGUGUCCACUUUCAACUGAACUCUGGUGUGGUGUGCUGACCGUGGGAAAGGACAAUUCAGUGGACCAAUAAGAAGAAGCGACAUGCUGCAACAAUUGGACAUCUUGCUGCUUCUCCUUCUACUCUAGCUGGACAGAUUCAUGUGAAAACUGCACUAUGUUUGAACACCAAAGUAAAAACUGAAAUCCCAAGACUUAAUAAAUGUAUUGUUCCUUCAUCUUUUCCUCUCGAUGACAAGUCGUUUUCAGUACUGGCCAAUCGAUGAGCUGGAUUUUCUUGUUGGUCGUUGGUCAUUUAGAGGAACACUGGCCCUUAGUGAGCAGUUGUAAUUAAUUAACAUGGUCGAGGUGGUCUGGAUAGCUUGAAUAAAGUGCAGUGUGAAAGCAACCAAGCCAAAGGAUGUACAAAAAUUCCUCGCCCAAUCGAACUAAGUCCCCCAGACUUUCCCAGUGUGAAUGCGCACAGAGUCUAAAUAAAAGGUUUUUCCACCUUAAUGCAUUUAGACCUGCUGCAAGUUCUGGGUAUACUUGUAUAUUUAUGUUAUGUAGAGCACACCUCUGUUCCUAAUGGGUUGAAAGAUGAAGGAAAAAAGUUAAGGAAAAGGAAAAAAGAUGGUUUCAGAUUUUAACACUGAUUCUGAGAGUUGUUCCAACCAAAUAAAGAAUUGUUUGGUCUUUCACUGACACUGCUUGACUUGAUUUUAGGAAGGGGUUGUUUGGCUUCCAAGGAUAAAGGACUUUUAGUCCUUUGGACUUGCUGAAGGUCUUUCUGAAUUUUUUUCUCUGGACUUUUGCUACUUUUUUGUUAUUAAACACUGACCUAUGAAUCUUUAAAGCAUUAAAAAAGAUCCUAACUCGGGGGAUAAGACGGUGCCCUGUCGAUGAUUGAGCGAAGAAGUGGCUUCCAGUUGGAUCUUUAGGCACUUUAACUAGCAUCCUGUCACAAAACACAUUAGAUCCCAUGUUUUUAGCUCCAUUUAUGAAAAAUGCUGAGACAACAGUUUUUUGGUUUGUUGUUGUUUUUUUGCCAGCAUGGUUUUUGUUUUCAUAAUUUUCAACAUGAAAUUGCAGUUUCCAUCAGGGCUUAAUAAAGUAUUUUCAUUAAUUUAUUUCAUGGUGUGCAGUGUGUCCUUAAAAAAUAAGUAAAUUUGGGCAAGUGGAAGGCAAAAUAGGUGACAGGCUAAAAGCAAACAAGCUAAAAAAAAAAACAACAAAAAAAGCUAUAUCAGAUGAAGAGGAUCUCAGAGUGAUGCCCUAAAGGAACAGGAA